GCCCUCCGGGACCGGCGGUGGCGGGCAGCCGGGGCCGGGCGGCCGCCGCUGAGGCGCGGGGAAGGAACCAGCGGCCCCCGGCCGCUGCGUCUCGGUGGGGGUAGGCGGGCGCUGCGCGGCUCGGUGUCGGCAGCCCCAUCCGCGCUACCCCUGCCCAGCCCCAGCCAUGAAUAUGUAACUCCCCUCUCUUUCCCGAGCUCCAUUGCGGAGGCUGCUGCUCGCCAUAUUGUGCUUCUGGGGCUGCGGCUGCUCCGCCGGCGAGAGAGGGCGACGGGAGCGCGGCGGGAGCCAUGUCUCAAGCUGUGCAGACCAACGGAACGCAGCCUUUAAGCAAAACCUGGGAGCUCAGUUUGUACGAGUUGCAAAGAACGCCUCAGGAAGCAAUCACUGAUGGCUUGGAGAUAGUGGUGUCACCCAGGAGCCUGCACAGUGAACUGAUGUGUCCCAUUUGUUUGGAUAUGUUAAAAAACACCAUGACGACAAAAGAGUGUUUGCAUCGUUUCUGUGCUGACUGUAUCAUUACAGCCCUCAGGAGCGGCAACAAAGAAUGUCCCACUUGUCGUAAGAAGCUAGUGUCAAAACGAUCACUGCGACCAGAUCCCAAUUUUGAUGCUCUCAUCAGUAAAAUUUAUCCAAGCCGUGAUGAAUAUGAAGCUCAUCAGGAGAGAGUCCUAGCAAGAAUCAGCAAACACAAUAACCAGCAAGCUUUAAGUCACAGCAUUGAGGAAGGAUUAAAGAUUCAGGCUAUGAACAGGUUACAGAGGGGCAAGAAACAGCAGAUUGAGAAUGGCAGUGGAGCAGAAGAUAAUGGUGACAGUUCACACUGCAGCAAUGCCUCAACACACAGCAAUCAGGAAGCAGGGCCUAGUAAUAAGAGGACCAAAACAUCAGAUGAUUCUGGGCUAGAACUGGACAAUAACAACACAACUGUGGCCAUAGACCCUGUAAUGGAUGGUGCUAGUGAGAUAGAAUUAGUCUUCAGGCCUCAUCCUACCCUCAUGGAGAACGAUGACAGCGCACAGACGAGAUACAUCAAGACCUCAGGCAAUGCCACCGUUGAUCACCUGUCCAAGUACCUAGCUGUGAGAUUGGCUCUGGAAGAGCUUCGUAGCAAGGGAGAGUCAAACCAGAUGAACCUUGACACGGCCAGUGAGAAGCAGUAUACCAUUUACAUAGCUACUGCCAACGGGCAGUUCACUGUUUUAAAUGGGUCAUUCUCCUUGGAACUGGUCAGUGAGAAGUACUGGAAAGUGAACAAACCCAUGGAACUGUACUAUGCACCAACAAAGGAACAUAAAUAAGCUGUGCUGGAAAACUGAGAUGGGACUGUUUUUAUAGCUGACUUCUUCAAUAUUAAGAGCAGGCACCACCAUCAUCUUCAUGGACGAUACAUGCGAUGCCUUCAGGCUCUCUCAGUAUACUUAUUAAUAUGAUUAGACAGUAUUCUUGGUUGUAUUUAAUUUAGACUUUUUUUCUCUAAGAGACUAAAUGACCUUCUCCAGUGCAUUCCAGUGUUUGACAUGCUUUUUUGUUCCCGAUGCAUGAUAACUGAACGAGUGUUCCAGUUUGGAAUGUCUUAAUUUUGUCCAGGUAAAUCUGGAUUUCUACUACAUUUGACACAGUUAUAGUAGCCUCUGUGAAGUAUUGAGCAUUGGAUGGCUAAGUAAGUCUAUUCAAUAGUAACAUAUGCCAAGGAAUGUGUUAAAUGUUGUAAUUUGCUAAUGGUUAUCCAUAUAAAAGAUGGUAGAGAAUUGAUUUUCUGAUGGUCUUGCAGCUAGAGAUGAUCAGAUUCCUGAGGAAAGACUUAUUACUCAGACAAUUUCUUGUGAGCAAAUACAGCUAUAGUGAGAAAACUGACACUUUAAAACCUUGCUGUUUACUGGGCUUCAGUGCAAGGUGAUUCGUGAGAUCGAUCUGCUUUCUAACACAUAGUUCAAACAAAACCAGAAAAAAGCAAACCCAGAGCCCUUCCCUGUGUAGAACAUCCCAGUCUUGAUUCACGCUGCAGUUUCCCAUCUGGCCCUUGUUGCAGUGAUGAUCCUGUCCUCACAAGCUUAAUUAAAUGAAAUCUUCUGGAAGUUUUACAGCCCUACUCUGUUCCCUGUUAUAACAGAUUUUUAUUGUGAAUGUAUCAGUCUUCUGUAAAGAACUGUCUUGAAAACUUCUGUUGAACAUAAAUCCUCUAAAUUCCAGCACACUGACAAAAUGCACCAUCAAAAUACUUUUGCUUUAUAGAAUUCUUGCCACCCCAGCUGUGAGCUUAUCUAGGCUUCAGUUUGAGUAGGGAGGACUUCAACCAUAAGCUGCUCUAAGAUUACUUUUUUUUUUUUUUUUUUUUGCGCCAUAGCUUUAACAAAUGUGGCAUAGCACUUUGGAAGAAAAUUUUAGUACUUGACAAAGUUUACCGUUUAGUGUCUUAAAUUUAGGUUCAAGUUUUAAAGCUUGGCAGUAGGCUGUUGUGUGAAGUCCAGUAGCUGCUGUUCAUGUGCAUGUUAAGCUCCUCUUCCCUGGCACUGGACCUUGCUGUCACUUCAUGGGGGCUGCUGUACCUAUUAGCAUCCCGUCUGAGGGGAAUUGUGUUACUGCGAGAUUCCCGUUGCUCUAAGACUUGCUGAUGAAGCCUUCAUGUGCUUGCAUCUGAAGCUAGAGGCAAAAGAGUUGCUGUAAUAGGUGAGAAGCAAUAUACCUGAACCCAUGUGGUAUUGCUCCUUUGUCUUGUGUGUAGUUAGACUGAGCUUUUGGCAUGUGGUACGUAAGUAUCCAACUGCUCGGGGACUCUCUCAGGAAGGAACUACCCUUCCAUUCCUUCUGUCUUUCAAGCUUAGCACUUGUAAAUACGUGUCUGUUCUGACUGCUGUCAUAGUUCAGCUUUAUCCCUAUGUGAAAACUACACAGGCUUCUUUGAAUAAUUAUUUUCUCUGACUGGAAACACCUGUUUCUUUGUGACAAUGAAACUGAAGUUUUCAGGCCCCAGAUCACGGGGGUUAGUUUUUAAUUAAAUACUUUACUCAUUCCUUUCUGGUGAAGUGUUGCAUUUUAUAGACUAUUAGUGCAUGUCCACUGAAUAUAAUCCAGGGGGGCUGGGGGUGUUGUGAUUAUAAAUGCUUUAAAAUUUAUGGGGAAACGUCUAGUUUAGUUGCAGCAUACCUGCCCAUUGUGAUAGCUAAGGUAAUGUCCAGUCCCUUAAGCAAGAGAGGUGUUCGUGAAGCUGAGCAGUCUGUUUAGGAACCGUCUGUCACUUUGUCCCCAGUUCUUAAAAAAGUGUGGGGGAAUGUGAAGCUUUUAUUUUUCAUGUUCAUGUUGUAGUGAAUUUACUGAAUAUUUAUGUUCUUUAAAUAUUAUAUAUAAUGUAGUUGUUUGAUUAAACCAUUGAUUGCACUGUGACUCAUUAGUGCUAUAAACUAUUUUAUUUUCAAAAUGACUUUACUAUUCCAUCUUUUUAAGCCAUGUUACUUUAAGUACAUGAUGCGUGUUAGGUACGGGUAAGCUCUAGUAUCCAACUACAAUCACACUGAAAUUCUUCUUAUAAAUUAACAAUAAAAGCAAAAGUUAUAAAUGAACUAAUGGAAAUUCCAAUGCUGCUGCUUCUUAAAAACAAAAAAAAUUUAACUAGUUUUUGGUUGUGUGAGGGUUAGUGCUACCGUAUAUGGGAUUUUCCAGAGGGAAGGUUGAGCAGAUGUAGCUGACCUCCACGCAUAUUGAUCCUGGCUAGCAGAAUGCGAUUCGAGUUUGGCCUUUAGCACUGUUACAGUCCACUGAAACCAGCUGAACUCCCAUGCACAUCACACACUGUGAAUGAGAAAGAGAGGUGAUGUGGAGCACGUGUGCAUGGCAAGUAAAGGCUAAUGGCUCUUCUACCACUUUGCCACAACCUCUCGCAGAGGUCUGCAGCCUGAGAAGCGCAAGGAUUUUCACAGCACUUGGGCUAAAUGCAACACCUUUGGUUGCAUUUAAUUGUAGACUGAGUAGGUUCAACAGAAAACAACAAAACAAAAACAGAACCUAUAGGAUAGCACUAACAAAUCACGUAGGUUGAGGUACGUUAUCUAAAAAAAAAUACACUAAAAAAACUUCCAUGUUCUUGUCUUCAUAUUGAUGUUGUCAUAUAUAUGUAUAAUUGUAAUAAUUGUACUUAUUACACAGAACUAUAAAACAACUCAGAUUGGAUUUUUCUGGUGUAAAAAGUUGAAGACAAAAUUCUUGCAUAUGCUAAAGGUGUGGUAUACCGAGAUGCACUGAGCUUAACUUCUCUCUGGCCGGGGAAGAGGGAGGUCCCAUUCAGGCUGUACUCAGGCUGCUUGCUGUGCUGACACCGAUUUUCAAAGUUGCCUCUGAAGAGAUUUAUCUCCAUUAAAGUUGCCCUCAAUCUCAGCUGAACUGGGAAGACCCAGAGAAUGCUACAGAGCUUGCAUGCAGCUAUUCUGCUGCAUUUCAAACAUAUAUUUCUUCAUAGUUUGGAUGAACAUCAAACCAGUUUCUGAAAACAUUUUCAGCGAAGCCUAUGCUUGAGAUAAUACAGUAGCAGCCCUGAAUGUGUGAUGCAACACAAAGGUAACUAUUUUAGGAAUCACCUUUACUCUUCCAGAAUACUGAAGAGCAUUAAUACAGUAUGUUGUGAAUGAUGGGACUUUAAUGAUACUGAGCUUUCUAAAGCUCAUUACAAACAGCUGAAUUUUAGUUCCCUACACAUGUAUUUAUUUUUGCAGACCACUGGUUUCCCUCUAACUUGAAAGGGUAGAGGAAUGUUGAAGAAUGAUCAAAUGAGUUGAUGUUGAAGACCUCACUUUUUCAGGGGUUAGAAAAUGGGGAAAGUAAUGCUCUUUUUUUUUUUUUUUUGGUAGAG